CAAAGUCCGAAGAACAAAGCAAAAGCCUUUCCUAGUCGUAACCGAAACGCCAAACCAUUACCGUUCAACUGAAACCUCUCUCUCUCUCUCUUAUUAAAAUGGAGAACAGAGCUGGAUUUGAGGGAGGGAAUACGAAGAAGAAGAAGAAAGAGACAGUUGGUGAUGGAUUUGUCGGAGGGUUUUUCCCUGUCUCUACCACCAAGAUCGCGUGGAAGUCAAGAAAAAGAUCAGCAUCUGUGAACCCAGACAAGGCACCUGACGCUUCUAUGGAAGUUACACCAGAGAAGGAUGAGACAACAGCAAUGGAAACAGAGAAAGUUGGGGAACCAAUGACCACAACUCCUCCUGUUCUGUCCGAGAAAAGGAAAGCUCUGUUUGAGCCACUCGAACCCAUUACAAACUUGAACGGAAAGCGACCAACAGAUGCUGAUUCCCUCUUACCACCGCCUGAUUUCGAGUCUGCAAACUAUCCUAAAGGGUGGUUGAUCGGUAAGAAGAGGAAGCUGGUGAAUGUUGAUGUGGUUGAGAGCAUGCGUAGAAUCGCUGUCCAAGAAAUGAACAGAAAGGAUCGAGAGAUAGAUGGGUUAAACGAGCAGCUAGAAGAGGACUCACGUUGCUUAGAGCAUCUGCAACUUCAGCUACUACAAGAGAGAAGCAAAAGAACAGAGAUUGAAAGAGAGAACACAAUGUUGAAAGAGCAAGUCGAUAUGCUUGUCAACAUGAUACAAGAAGAAGAUGAAGAACAAGUACCAGAACAGCCCUAG